CACCCAGCUCCUUGCUCAUCUGCCGAGUGUUACUGCCCACUACAGCUUUGACUGGCCGUUGCUGCUGCUCAUCUGUCUCCUCCAAUAGUUGGGAGCCAUCGUCUUCGUCUUGCUCGUCUCGUCUCGUCUUCUCGCAAUCUCUGCUUCUGUGACUGCGAAAAAUAUGGAGGCGCUAGAUGACUGCAAGUGGCGCCAAAUCCCGGCAUUUGGCGACUGGAACCUGUGGGAGGAGAUGCCAGUCACCCAAUACUUCGAGCCAGCCACCUUCUUCUUCACAGCACAAUCAGAGAAAGAUGAGGAGGACCUCUUCAAGGUGCCUCAGUUCCCUACCAAGCCCUACAACUACAAGAAGUGCGUUGUUCGAGUGAAAGGGGAGAAAGAAAAUGCAAAUGCAGUACGUGUGAGGAAGGGAGGAAGGAAGCAGCAGUAUCUGAAUGAGCAACAGAAGUGGAAGCCAAAGGCAGCAGUGGAUGAGGACCUGUACAAGAUCUCCCCAAAGCUAAUCUGCAGGGUGAAGAAGAAGAAGUUGCUCAGGAAUUUGCUGGGAGGGUGCCUUGGCGUGAACUGCAUCGCUUGAAGAAAAAAUCAGUCUCAAUAAAAUUUCUCCAAAGGGUUUGGGUGUUAGAAAGAGAUGUCUGUACAUUGUUGUGUGCUAAUAUGGAAGUAAUGGACACUGAUUACUGCUUGCAAAAGAUGACAAUAAUAGUUACGCCUUCCAUUAUACACCUCACUUUGCAUAUCUCGUUA